AAACAGUUUUCUAAUAAUAAUUGCAUUGUUUUUUAUAAAUUGUAUAAACUGUGGCACUUUGGACACUAUGGUUGACGUCAAGCAAAACAAUGCCAUCAAAGAGAUCCGUGUAUUAUAUCAAUUGUCACACAAGGAAAACAUACCACAAGUAUAUUCACUAAUAAGAGGACAACCAAUAUAUGCGGAAAUUGAUUUUAUACCAAGAUACAUACCGGACAACACAGAUUAUAUAGCCGUAACAGUUAUAAUACCGGAGUUUGAUUGUUAUGGCCGGCAAUAUAUACUUGGAUUUCAUCGGGAAAAGUGGCAAAUGCCCAGUUGUCGGCUCUGUACUAAUACAGACCAAAAGUAUACAUUACCAGUAGUACUGUAUUUAGGACCUGACAGCGGAUGCUAUAAUGGUCGUAUACCUACCUAUUGGAAAGUAGAGGCCAUACCAACCAAUCGACCGCUCGACGACCGAACCGAUCUUGUAAUAGGUUUGGCCUACGAUAAGGACAAACAGUUUAGGAUCUGUUCGUCACAGGAAUCGGAAGAUUGUGUUAAUUCAAUAAAUUUAUUUAUUAAACCAAACUCUGCCAAUUGA